CAUAACAUCCUAUGAAUCUAUUAAAAAAGAGCAGCCAGAAACUCGGCAGACACCGGGCAUCGAUCGAUCGUAACAACCGAGAAACGCCGGAGUGUGCUUUCCCCAUUUCCUUCUCUUGAAGUGGGUUUUCGUUUACUGACAGCAUCACAAUGUUGGCCUCCUGCUGUAACUGGUUCUGUGUGGAUAACCAGACCAUGGAGGAACCUGAACACAAUUCUAGAAGGCAGGCAUACACCAACGCAGGCUACAAUUCUUACCCAUCUCCAUCUGGAGUUGAACACACCUGCAGAGCUUGUGGUGCUAGAUUUGAAAAUGCAUCAAGAAAGCAUGUAUGUGUAGACUGUAAGAAGAAUUUCUGUACCACCUGCUCUGUUCAGCCUGAGAACAGCCCGAAAAUGUGCCACACAUGCCAGAGAUUCCGUGCCACAGACUUCCAGAGAGACGAGCUAAUGAAACUUAAAGUUAAAGAUUUACGAGACUACCUCCAAUUACAUGAAAUUUCAAUGGAAAUGUGCAGAGAGAAGGCGGAUCUCGUGGAACUGGUCCUAGGUCAACAACCCCAGUCUGCUCCAAACAGUCAUGUGCACUUUCCCAUUUAUAGGGUGAAUAUAUCUGAACAGCAUUCUUUUAUACCAACUGCACACGCAGGGACAGCAGCAUCUACCUCACACGUGGCUCCACCACCGUAUGCAGCAUCUCUCGCGAGUCAGCCUGAGCAGCCUGUGGACAUAAACCAGGUCAAUACAGAAGUGGCUGGAGAAAGUCACAAUGAGCCUGCAGCACAAAUAGAAGAUGAGACCGAGUCCAUCGAUUCAGAGGAAGUUCUUGUUCCAGGCCGUCACCGAGCCUCACUUUCUGACCUGACGUGUGUAGAAGAUAUAGAAACACUCACCGUGCGCCAACUCAAAGAGAUUCUAGCACGAAAUUUUGUAAAUUACAAAGGCUGCUGUGAAAAAUGGGAGUUAAUGGAGAGAGUGACCCGGCUUUACAGAGAACAGAAGAACCUUCAAAACCUGGUUGCUGAAUCUGGAACACAGCGUGGGACUGAAUCUUCAGGUGUGGAUCAAAAUAUCUGCAAAAUAUGCAUGGACUCUCCCAUUGAUUGUGUACUGCUGGAGUGUGGCCAUAUGGUCACGUGCACAAAGUGUGGCAAGAGGAUGAGUGAGUGCCCCAUCUGCAGGCAGUUCGUAAUACGGGCUGUGCACGUCUUCAGAUCUUGAGUAAAUUAAUUUACAAUCUUAACUCUGGAGAUGUGCAUUUCCAUCACUUGACCCCCACCCUGAUGAAACCAGUACAAUCUGUUCAUCCAUAUCCACAACUUAAAGUUGACACAUACCACCCCCUCAACUGAAAAUACUAUUUGAUUGUACAGGAACAUUUGCACAGCUAUUUGCCACUGUGUCUUAAGAGAUGGCUUGGUACAACAAUCUGCAACUGUCCAAUGGCUACAUUUGGAUGGGAAUGAAUGAGGGAACCAAAAUUCCGGGGAAAGGAGAGUACAAAAAAAACCAAAUAAGAGAGUUUCACCCCCCAAAAAUUGCUUGUCUAAUGCCGAUCUGCAGAGCAACCUCAUGGUUGACUGCAUUAGCAUUCCUGAAUGUUGGAGGGGGAUGAGAAAACAUUUUGUUGUUUUUCCAUAAAUUUGAAAUGCUGUUUCUAUUCAGGGAAUUGUACAUUUUAGAAAGUGAUUGUAUCUAAUAGCUUAAGCACUAAGAAUCUUACCAAUCAGAUUAACUAGUCACUUUAGAAAUUUAGGACCGCAAUCUGUUUUAAAAGAGCAAUAUUGUACUUUUUUGGUCAAUAAGUAUGCAAAGGUUAUCAGUGGGAAAUGAGCAUCAACAACAAAAUGGAAACAGAGAAGUAACUGCAUUGAUGAACGACUGGAAGCUAUUUCAAUUGUUGCUAGAUCAAGAUAAUAAUUUUCAUAUCAUGCAGAAAGAUUUUGAAAUGUCUGGUUCCACUAUCUUAUACUUAAUCCAGUAAAUGAAAUCUAAGGAGAAAAUUAAAUGUUAAUCAUCUAUCAUGUAACUUAAAAGUGCUGGUUUUGUCGAAAGUGCAUUUAACCUCCAUAAGGUCAGACCAAUCCUUGCUUAGGAAUUCUGCAGUGUGUACAUAAAGCAAAUGUAUACCUGUAAGCUUGGGUUGAAAAAAUGCACUGUCCCACUUUAGUUGUAUGCGUAAAUUGCAUACAUAUGUAGAACUCUUUGGAUAAGCAUAGUAGUGGGUUUUCACAAGCGUCAAGACACCUGAUUGACCCUAAACAUUUUUUUNCAUUAUCCAAAACCUUCAGUUUAACCUGCUGGGCAGAAUUCUGUGUGGUUCCAUAUUGUUUAUACUGAACUGUCCACACUGUCCAUCAGAAUUGGCUUGUUUUUAUGUUAAGAUCAGUAGGAAUGCACAAUAAAAAAGUGAAUAAAUCAGUUUCAAUUUUUAAAUGGUUUUAAUUUAACCUAUUUAUGUUUCCCAUCAUAAAUGUGGUCUACAGUGCAAUAAUUACAUGUAAAUGUUUACAAAGUUAUUAAUCAGGUUAAAGGUCAAACAGUACCAUUAUCCAUUCUGUUGAAUCAUUGACUGUUCUCCCAAGGUUGAAUGAGUGUUUGCCUUUUUCUUCUCUGUUCCAUUUGCUGUUCUGGUACAGGUAUGUUGCUGCUGAGCAGUCCUGCACCUAUGUGGUUCCACUUCAAAAUAAUUUGCUCUCUUUUACAAUCACUCUCUGUCUUCUGAUCAGUGUUUCCACACGCAAAUAUUUAGUUGGUUAGAACCUGAUGCAAUUUGUUAAUUGGUCCUUAUCCACUUUACCUGCUUGCCCUUACCUCCUUACUUCUUUCGGCAAUUUAGCCCCAGUUUUGACUGUAAAUCUAUUUCCACUAUUUGCACUCACUUUUCUGGAACCAUAGACAAUUCCCUACCCCUUUCUUGAGUUGACUCUUGCUCAGUUGAACUCUCCAUCUCUUCCAGGAAAUUUGACUUGACUGUGAGUUCAUGACCUAAAUGAAAAGCAUUAUUUAAAAAGCAAUAACUUCAGCAAGAAAACUACUUGGAAUUUACAUUGAUACGAAUAAAUACAUGGACUAAAUAAAGCCCAGUCAAAAAUACAUCUCACAUUGACUAUAGUCCAUUAAUUUUUUUUACAAAUCCGGAGUAAAUGUUUUAUUUUGAUGUGGAUUGCACAUAGUCCCAUAGGUUCAGCAAUGCUGUCCUCUUUGUCUUCAAUAUGAAAAUGAAAUAAUGUUCUAUAACAACAACAACAA